AUGGAGAAAGUUGUAGGAGAAGAUGUCAAGAACGCGGAAGAGCGAGGAAGGGGAACGCGGGGGCAAUGGGUUAUGAAAUCUUUUGGGUAUGAGGAAUGGGGUUGGAGAUGUUUGAGUGUGAGAAGCGUAUUGUUUCGUCUCGGGGAUUAUUUUGCUAACUGUAUCAUGAUAGAUGCAUCGGUUGAUGGAUUAGCAAUGAUAUACAAUACAGUGACCAAAGACCGAAAACGAAAUUCCACUUUCCAUUCUUUUCUUUCGAAAGAAAUUGCUCUUGAGCGAGAAAAGAAUUUGACGAUAUGUACCAACACCACUGUGCAUCGAAUUGAAUUUUCAGACGACGAUGGAAACCCUCGUGCUAGUAAAGUUAUCUUUGGUAGCGCUGAGCCAACAUCUGCAAAGGCUUUUGAAGCUAAGGUAAAGAAAGAAGUAAUCAUUUGCUCUGGUGGGCUAGGUUCGCCGCAAGUCCUGAUGUUGAGCGGCAUUGGUCCUCGUCAACAUCCCGAAGAACACAGUAUCAAAGUCAUCCAUGACCUACCGGGAGUCGGUUCCAAUUUCAUAUACCGAUCAUCCAAGUAUUCCCGUUGCAUGGGAAAUCCCAAUUUCAGAAUCCAUUAUCCAAGUCGCCGUAUCCCCAUCAAAGUCAUUCUCGAAUUCGGCAAAUAUCUUCUCUUUGGAACCGGUAUCAUGAGUUUUCCAUCUCAAACACUUAGUUUCUUCAUCCGAUCUCGAUCACUCAAUGAAGAUGCCACCGGACCACACAUCAAAGACUCAUCAUCCCCAAAUAUCGAACCUACUCCCACAGAAACAACCCCUCUUCAUCUCUCAAACCGCCAAAAUCUAGUACCUGAUAUCGAAUUGAUACCACUCGCCGUGAGCGCCAUGGAUGACAUGAAAGAACAUCAAUCCACUUUUUCCAAAAUGGAAAUCUUUCGUAUCCUCGCUGUAAUCUGCAAUCCCCUAUCUCGCAGCAGCGUGCGACUUACCUCUUCAUCCCCGCAUUCCUUUCCCGCCGUCGAUUUCGGCAUCCUUUCUAAUCCAAGCGAUAUGAUCCUCGCCCGACGCGCCGUCCAUCUCGCCCUAGCCUUCGGCAAAACCAUGGUCUCUUCCGGGUUUCCUCUCCUCCGUCCCGUAACCUUCUCAUCCGCGUCUCAAGAUCUCGAUGUCGAGAAUGAAAAUCAUGAAAAAAUGGAUAAAUUCAUACGUCACAGAGUACGAAAUACGCUCCACUAUUCAUCGACAUGUCGCAUGGGUUCUGAAACCGAUGAAAAUGCUCCUGGGGGGGUUAGAUAA